AUGUUAAUUAACGUUCAGCAGCAACCAAAAUCAAGACCAGGGAAUUGGCGCCUCCAUAACGAGCGGGAUAUCCUGAAGCGCUUCCAGCCGCGUACCUCGAAUCUACACCGUCUCCUAGACGACGUUGAAUCUCCACUCGAAGCCCCAGCCAUUAUCCAUGCGUAUCUUGAUGAUGACUGGACAAGAGCAUCUAGAAAACAAAGACUGACCAGGAAAGAAAUCAAGUCAGUGACUAGGAAUUUCCUCGAAGUCUGGCCGUGCUGCAUGAAGAUGGUGGCUAUUCUGUUUCGUGCACCUGAGGUUCAUCUUGAGAUUGCAUGGAAUACUGCUGCCGAUAUUUGGAGUUUAGGGGUAACUCUCAUUAAUCUUAUAUGGGGUUUUAAAUUUCACAUCUUCGAUCCUCAAGAGCCAGAAGGUCACGAAAUGUACAAUACUAAGAUUGUCGUUCGCCAACAUCAGUGGUUCGGACCAUUCCCCAUUUCUUACAGGGAGAUUGCUGAAGAGGAUACACAAGAAGCGAUUAUCGGACAAAAGAUUUAUGCUCAAGAUGAUGAAUUUAGGUCUACGGGACCGGCCCACUGCGAGAGAGCUUUUGAGGGAUGA